AUGUCAAACAGCGCCAAGGAGCUUCAGGGGAUUCUAGGUGAUCAGUUCUCUGGCUCGGCCAUCCAGCUGGCCAGGUCGAUCGAUCUUUUCGGUCUGGUUGUCACCGACCUGUUGAUCCGACACAAAAAAGGCAUUGUCGAGCAUCAGUUCCAAUUGAUUAGGAUGGCUGAAGCUGUUAUUCAUAUCUAUGCCAUGGUAUGUGCCCUUUCUCGAGCCAGUGCGGCCUUCAAGGAAAAUUCGCCGACUGCGAAUCACGAGGCUACUUUGGCCAAACUUGCUUGCAAUUAUGUAGGCUCAUUCUCACUUAAUUUUCCACCGUAA